AUGGUGUCCUACGGGAAGCGCCUGGCCUGCCUUCUUGUCGGAGGCGCCGUCUACCCAGCCGUCUUUCUGCUGUCAGUCCUCAUCCAAUACGGAGGAACUGUGUUUCCUCCUGGCAUCGAUCAACCCCUGAAGGCCCGCAUCUGCCAGACGAUGUUCAUCACAGGGUUAAUGUUGGGAAUUCUUUUAGAGGAGCUGGGUUUGAGCAGCAUCCCUGAUUUCUUACGGUUUUGGACUAAAGGAAUACCUCCGUGCAAGGAUCUGUCCCUUGUCAUUCAGAACCAGAAGUUUGAUGGGGUGCCAGUGAGGAUCUAUUCGUCCAGAGCAGUGCCAUCUACGAAAAGAAAAGCUGUGCUUUACUUCCAUGGAGGGGGAGGCAUUCUUGGAAGUGUCGAUUUCUACGAAAGAAUCCUGUGCCACGUGGCCAAAGAGGGCGAUGCGACGGUGGUGGCGGUUGGGUAUGGACUUGCACCAGAGAAUCCUUAUCCAAACCAGUACACUGAAUGUCUGAAGGCUGCUGUCUACCUCAUGAAACAUUCGGAAGAUUAUGGUGUGGACAGUUCCCGUAUUAUCAUUUCUGGAGACAGUUGCGGGGCUAAUUUUGCCACGCGCAUUUGCCAGUUACUGGUGGAUCGCAGAGACCUUCCCAAGGUCCACGCUCAAGUACUGAUCUAUCCAGGUCUUCAGGCCCUGGACUUCUCUUUGCCAUCCUAUCAGCAGAACUGCAAAGGUCCACUCUUGUGGAAAAAACUGGUUGCCUACCUUUGCUGCCGCUACCUUAACAAGUCAACUUCCUUUGUAAAUGAACUUCUGAAGAGCAGCCAUGUCCCCAAGGCCACGCGACUGAAGUACCAGAAGUGGCUGAAUGCCAACAACAUCCCUGAACAGUUCAAAGUCAGGGGCUAUAGAGAACAAGACCAUGCUUUGUCUAGUUUUAACCCUCAGCUCCACGAAGAAAUGAAAGAGAUGCUCUCUGAGACCUUUUCCCCCUUGUUGGCCGAGGAUGCCGUCGUCUGCAAGCUCCCUCAGACCUUCCUUUUGACCUGUGAGUUUGAUGUCCUUCGAGACGACGGGCUGCUGUACAUGAAGCGGCUGAUAGACAACGCUGUGCCGGUAACCUGGAGCCAUGUAGAGAACGGCAUGCAUGGAAUAAUGGCCCUUUUUGGCUAUGACAUCCUGUCCUUUCCUUCAGCAAAAAGGAUUGUCCACGAUGUCACUGAUUUUAUCAGACGCUUGUAA